GCUCCUCCCCUCCCCUCCCUUCCCCUUCUCGUUCUGACAACAUGGUCGAAGCGGACAGCGAGUUCAUCACGCUGUACAUCCACAGCCUGAUUCCGCUGUAUGUCUGUCUGGUCGGGCUGUCAUGGGUCAUCCACGAUUACUUCGUGACGCUGGAGGACGAAAUACGGUACAUCUGGUCCGCGCGCAUGAACUUCAGCAAGGCGAUGUUCCUCUGGAUAAGAUACUACACGCUGAUGCUGCUGAUCUUCGACGCGGUGCAGAUCCACGCGUUCACCGUGCCGGGCGUGACCUCGGACGCGGUGUGCGUCGCGAUGGACACCGUGAUCCGCGUCGUCGGCGCGCUCUCGCUGUGGAGCGUCGAGAUCGUCAUGCAGCAGCGCGUGUACGCGAUCUACCAGUGCUCCAAACGCGUGCGUUGCGUUGCAUUCCGUUGCUUUCAUCCGCUGAUCCAUGCAU